CACGUGUCGUACAGAUCACGUGUGUUUGCGUACGUAACGUUAUUUGUGUAUUUGGAUUAGAAUAUGGGUAACGUUAAGUUUUGAUGAACCACGUGAACUUAGCGUUUGAAAACGCGACGGUUUUGUAGUAAUAAUACUCGCGAUAUCAGGCGCAUUUGACCUUGCAGAUUGAGAGUAUGGCUGAACUAGAAUUUCUUUGCCAUUUAAUAGCAAACAACAUAAAGACGCUGAAUUGAGAUCAAAAUUGCUUGAUCAGUCCUCAGACGUUCAUACACAGGCUCAACAAUUUUUCUAAAAUAAAUAAAUAAUAAAAACACUGUUCAUAUCAGCAGUUGGAACUGAAUUGACAACACAAAUUUCUAAAUGUGUUUUAGUCUGAAGUUGCUACCAGCAUGUGGCAGUAUCAGCAUCCUGACUUUGCAUUGUUCCUACUUGGUGAACUUCAGAAACAACAGCAGGGAAGCAUCUUCUGUGACACACUUCUGCAGACAGACGGUGUCUGUGUUCCAGCGCACAGUUGUGUGUUAGCUGCUCUGAGCCCCGUCCUGUCAAGAGUCCUUUCCACAUCCCCUGCUCCACAUCCGGGGCAGAACAGGCUUCUGAACCUUGAGACUGUAGGAUCUCGUGUCUUACUAAAGCUAGUUAGGUUCCUGUACACAGGGGAAAUGGAGAUCAAGAGUCAGAGCGAACAUGAGGAAUUAAUGGCUGCGGCUUUCAGACUUGGACUUAAAAACCUUUUUGAAAAAAAGAGAGCGUGUGUGGAUGUUGGGAGACGUUGGAGAGAGAUUGGUGUACAGACAGAAGAUGUGAUUACCCGAGAAAGUGAACUUGUGUCUAAGCCAUUAAGGUCACAGAGCAGUACUCUUCCAGUACAUUCGGUGCAACCUUGUGGCUUGUUGGAAUCCAAUUUGGCAUCUUUGUCAUUAUUUGAUGAGGAUAGUUUAACUAGAGGUUUUAAUCGGACCAGUAGUGUCGCUGUUCCUUCACACGCUGUCUUGACGGAAGCAUCCGUAUCAAAUCAUCAUAAAACGAAGGCUAAGAGGUGGAAAAUGGCAAAGAGAGAAAGCCAAUUAAAAAAAUUAACUCUGCAACAAAUGAAUGUUUCAGGCAAAAACUUCCGGAAACUUUUAGAGACAGAUAAGAGGCAAAAAAGUGCUACUGCUGAACAAAAGGAGGCCCAAGUGGACCAGCUUAAAGUUAAGAUAAAACUGAGGAGGAGCGGAGCUUGCUGGGAGAGCGACCUCCUCGUUUCUGUCCAAGGAGAGAGCGAGAAGAAGCCGGAAGAAGUGAAUGAGUGUGGACUUCAAACUCAGAGCGGCCCACCUCAUGCCCUUCCAGCUCAAAGUCUUGGAACUCUCACCCCACCGACAGACCUGCCUAUUUCACCCUCCAAUUCUUCCACGCAUGCCUCUUCAGAUAAAUGUCCUCAUACUCCACACAACAUUUCUGUCUCUUCCCCUUUGGAUGUACCAGCUUUAUCUUCAAGCCCUCCCCAAGCAGAUGAAUCUGAUGAACAUAUUGCAAGGAUGUUGGACGAUAUGUUAAAGGGUUUAAACAUCCUGCCGUUGAUGCCAAUAGACAGAAAUCUGGAUGAGCAAGACCAGCUAGGUCCUCUUCAGGAUCCAAAAAGUGGGCAGAGAACUGCUGAGAUGUCUGCUCAAGGUGCUUGUCUUUAUGUGCAAAGCUGCGAGCCAGAGAUGAGUGAAUCUGAUGUUAGCAAGACAGCAGUACCAGUUGGGUCACCAGGUAUAAGAGAUAAAGACCACUCGGGCUUUCAAAAUCAGUCAGGAUGCAAUACAUUUGAGCUCCUGACUCAGUCACCUGGACAGGACAACUCAAACAAAGAUAACAAUCUGGCAACUCUGGCAAGAAACUCCACCCCCUCACUGGUAGAAGACAUGUUUUUAACCCCAAAAGUCACAGCUGUGCAAUCUUCUCCUGCCACAGGUAAAAUGCCAAGCCUCGAUAUGACCAGCAUACUGGAUGAAAGGCCAGAUUUCAAACUGCUACGAUGCCUUUCCCCCCUUGAAUCAGAUAAGGGAGACAGUGAUGUUCCUAUACAUGAACCAUCACAAAGGCAGGACCUAGAAUCUCAAAACCUUCCCAUGUGGCUUUCUGAGUCACCACUGAAAUUGGACUUCCCUCUAAACUCAAUGAUUGAUUCCUCCUACCCGCAUCCACAGCCUGACCUCAUCGCCUGCCAAAAUCAAUCAUGCCCUGACCUUGCAGAAAAUCAAGAAUUGAACACUUCCUUUUUACACAAUGAUUUAAUGAGUGGGAGUAGUUCAAACACCAUUCAGCAUGAUGUGAAUGAUGCUAGUGAGCAGCCAAACCAGAGAAAGACGAGGAGACGGAGGCUUGCAACUCGAAAGUCAAAAAUGAAGGUGGAUACAGAGUGUCAAAACCUAGAAAAUCAGGAUCAAGUUCAACUGUGCGAUGAUCCCCACUGUGAAAAUGUUAAGCCAUCAACUAUCGCACGCAGAGUCAGUACCCGAAUAACCAAUGCGAACAGAAAAGCAACUGCAGGUGUGAAGAGAAAAAGUGAAAUAUCUUCACCUAUCAGUAAGAAAAUGCCUCAGCUGGACACCGCCAGUAAACAACAUGAAGAUGCUUUGCCUAAACCAAAACUCACUGGUCUUGUAAAACGUGGUCGUGGCAGACGCAAAGAUGUUUUACCUAAACCAAAAGACACUGGUGUUGUAAAACGUGGUCGUGGCAGACCACCUAGAUCCAACCCAAAUUUACCCACUUUAGGACAAGAUGAUUGUGAAGUGAAAAUAAUGAAGACAGACAGUGAGAUUGAACAAGGUAAUGAGCAACAACCAAAUACACAGCAGGAGAAAGACUCAACAGAAAUGGAAGCAGCAGAUGUUAACAGCAAUUUUGCACAGACAGCGCUAAAUUCUCACUUAAAAUAUGCGGGUCAGGCAAAGGGACCAAGUAUCCUUGAUCAAAUUUUCCAUCAGACUCUUCCAAGCGCUGAAAGCCUCGCUUGUAGGAGUUCUCCGAAUAUUGAUCAGCAGCUAACAUCAAGCCUGCGAGACACAUCUUCUAGACUUCAAAAAUUCCUAGGAGGGAAAAGUGAAAACGAGAAUGGUAAAUUAGUGAUGAAUAGCAGUGAACUGAUCAAUACGGACAUUUGUGGUAAGAAAAAAGUAGAGACCUCUAUGCUGAUCAGUGAGAAUAAAGAUAUGGAGAUAUCUGACGACCAAGUAGUAGCAUCACUGUUGUCAUGUGGAGACAUGCCAGAUAAUGUGAAAUGUUCAGUCAGAGAAAUUGCCACUGAGGAGAAUUCAAGUACACAAUCCACUGUCCUACAGAAUAGUGAUUCCCAAAAAGACAUCCAGGACCAGACGGCUGAGAUUUCUGUCCCUUUAACAUCUGAGGAGGACAUAAUGAAGGAAACUAUGAUGUCGGCUGAUGAUAUUGGUCAUGCUGAUCAUGCCAUGUCACCCACAAAGAAAGACUGUGUUGUUUCUACAAAUGAACCGAGAGUGAUGGAGGGAAAUGAAAUGAAUUUCUGUAUGAACCCUGAUAGUACACCAGCAGAACAUCUCAGAAGUUCAGAAGCCACAGUUUCUGAUGAGUGUUCAUUUGAGGCGUCAUCAGACAUGGACAAAGAGGUUCAGGCAGAACACGAUGUUAGCUGUGUGGCUGAUUGUUUGGAGAAAAAGGAUGAUUCAUGUAGGAACCAAGAGGGUCAGAUGAUUGAAAAAACUAUGGAGGAGAAAGAAACUGAAGUUCUGAGGGCAAAUGAAUUUGUAGAGGAAAAUGCUCUGCUUGCUUCAAAUGAUGGGUGUUGGGAAAGCACCAAUGGGCGGGAUGAUAACGAUAAAAUUGAUGUGGAGGAGGAACAAUAUUGUGCCGAGAUGACUGAUGGACAGACCCCACUGGAGGAAGAUGAAUUGAGUAAAGGAUUGCAGAUUGCAGUUGAUGCAUCAAACAAUGCUCUGAGAAACACAGAAGAAAUAAUAAGCAGAGAUGCUCCUUCUGUCCAGACUGAAGAAUCCCUUCAGUCAAAUGAUCAAAGUGAAGAUAUCUCAACGGUGAUGUGCAAUUCAGAUUCAGGAGAUGAAGAAGAUAUUGAAGUAGAUGUUGUAGAGGAGUCUGUAGAAGAUCCAUUAGAGCUUUUGGCAGCUAGACAGGUUGUCAUACUGCUUAUUGAGGAUCUAAUGGAUCAAGAGGAUGAGUUGGAUGGCACUGAAGAAGAGGAGGUAGAUGUGACUGGAGAAGAGACGGAAUGAUUUUUUUAUGUUCAUGUUAAGAAUACGUGUUUAGCAUUUUGAAGUCUAUAGCAGAUGUUUGAGCCAAGUUCUUAACCCAAGGUUUAUAUCAAAUGGUGAGAAGAUUUCUCUUUUUUUUGUCAAUUUGACCUUAUGUGAAUUAGCCUAUCAAUUCAUUCAGUUUAUUUUUGA